UGUUCUCCACAUCAGUCCUUGUGUGUUGGAGAUUUUAACACUAACAAGAAUUUAACAAUGGAUUUAUUCAACUCCGCUCUUGGCAAAAACAUCACCUUUGUGCGUCCUGCAAAUUUUAUAAUAAGUGGAUUCAUUGGAAUACCUAAUGCCAUGUAUUACUAUAUCUUUCUCUUUUUUGUUUACAUUAUUUCAGUGGUGGGAAACACAGUUGUGUUGACUGUAAUUUACUUGGAUCAUAAUCUGUGGACUCCAAAAUAUAUAGUUGUUUUUAACCUGGCCUUUACAGACCUGUUUGGUACCACUGCUUUGGUGCCAAAGGUCCUUGACCUCUUCCUGUUUAACAAUAACUACAUAUCCUACAGCGACUGCUUGACAUUCCUUUUCUUCUGCUCUGUCGCUGUAUUAAUGCAGGUUCUUAAUCUGAUUGCACUCUCCUAUGACAGACUGAUUGCUAUUAUUUUCCCACUGCACUAUCAAGUGAGAGUGACUCACAGGUUCAUGUUUUCUUUGAUUGGUUCUUUUUGGCUCUUUGCCAUAACUGUGACUCUCCUGUUAGAUGGCCUCCUCACUAGACUGUCCUUCUGUAAGUCUUCUGUGGUAGUUAAUAGCUAUUUCUGUGACUAUAGUCAGAUAUACCGACAGGCUUGCAAUGACAAAACACCCACAUACGUCUUAGCUGUAUUCCUAAGAGUUAUUCUUCUUUGGCUUCCGUUGAGUUUCAUCUUGGGUACUUACGUGUGUAUUAUCAUUGCUUUGACUAGAGUGGCAACAGCUCAGGAAAGACUGAAGGCCCUUAAAACCUGCACAGCUCAUAUUUCACUGGUGGCCAUCUAUUUCAUUCCAAUAUUAAUCUCAGUUACCAUGCAAAAUAUUCACCCAAAUUCUAGGAUUAUUAACCUUUCUCUGUCCUCUGUAUUUCCUCCCAUGUUAAACCCAAUUGUUUAUGUUCUGCAGACACAAGAAAUCAAAACAUCACUGAGAAAGCUUUUAAAGAUCACAAAACAAUCCAAGAUUACCGUGAAGAAAGUACUGAUUAGAUGACCAUAUCUGUCUAUAUAUAUUAAUGUAAACAGUAUAAAGAGUAACAGUAAAG